AUGACGCGUCUUUCUGUCCAUCACGGUGUCCUCAGGGCGGCCCUCCUGCUCGCCCUCCUCGCCCCGUUAUGCCCCUUGGCUCUGGCUCAGAGGCCCGGCCUCAUCCAACACCAUCAUCACGAACAAGAGCAAGACUCUCCGGACGACAAUCAGCUAGAGAGCCACGUUCCCCGCAACCCAGAUGCCGCGGCAGCAGCAGCAGAGAACGACGUCGUCGACGACAUCGACUCGGGAGUUGUCGUCGUUUCCGUCCUCCUCCUGCACAACCCUCCACGCCACAACGACGACGUCGUCCUGCACCACGCCCACAUCCACGACGCGCUGCAGCUCCAGCCUCAGCUCCAACUCCAGCUCCAGCUCCGUCUCCAGCAACGACACCAGCAGCAGCACCACCUACUGGGUGUCCUGGUCGUCGCCGGUGCCCACGCCGGCGAGCUACUCCUAUGGCCGUCUGACGCCCGUCCACAGUCCGCCGUGGCCGAAGCUGCCGUCGUCCUUGUCGUCGUCCUCGUCGUCUUCCACGCCCUGUCCCUCUACAUCGCUCGACAGCAUCACGUCGUGGCCCCCCAGCUUUGCCACCGAAUCGACGACACGGUGCCAGCACCACUCGCGGAGCAUUCGCAGCUUCCACUCCAUUGUGCGCCCGAGUGA